CAAGGGGCAACAGCACAAAUACGGUUACACGGAACGAGAAUUAUAUAUACCAUGGAGUGGAAAAGAUAUGUCCGUCCCAAUCGUCAACAAUCCUCUCGCCAUCACCUCCCCGCACAGCUCCAUAGACAGACCGCUGCACGAUACGACCCGCCUUGAAGGACCAGGGUCGUAUAAGGCAACACGACAACCUCAAAGCUUCCUCGGAUCUCGCAUAGGCCCUGAUCGCCAAGAUGGCCGAGUCCUCGUUUAAGUUUUACAACUAUGACCCGUCACUACCGGCCGCAGCCAUCUUCGUGGUUGUUUUCGGUAUCUCGGCGCUGCUCCACAUAUGGCAGAUGUUCCGCAACCGGACAUGGUACUUCAUCCCGUUCCUGAUCGGCUGUCUCUUCGAGGCGGUUGGUUAUGUGGGACGUGCCAUGUCGGCGCAGGAGGCACCUGACUUCACCAAGAACCCAUACAUCAUUCAGUCUAUCUUGUUGCUUCUCGGACCAGCGCUCUACGCGGCCUCGAUCUAUAUGAUCCUCGGUCGUAUCAUUGUCCUUCUAGAUGCUCAGAAGUUAUCCCUCAUCCGACCCAAUUGGUUGACCAAGGUUUUUGUUGCCGGCGAUGUCUUGUCAUUCUUCGCUCAGAGUGGAGGUGGUGGCAUGCUCGCGACAUCCAAGAACUCGGACGACGUCAAGAGGGGAGAGAACAUCAUCAUCGGCGGUCUGGGCAUCCAGAUUCUCUUCUUCGGUUUCUUCAUGGUCGUCACCCUCGUCUUUCACAUGCGGAUCCGUGAGAAGCCCACCCAAAAAUCGUAUGAACUCGCCGUGCCGUGGCGUAAGCUGCUGUACGUUCUGUACGUGACGAGUCUCCUCAUCCUGGUGCGAUCAGCCUUCCGUGUGGCCGAGUACAUCACAGGCAAGGAGGGAGAGCUGCAGUCGACGGAGUACUGGAUCUACAUCUUUGAUGCGGCCCUGAUGGCGCUCGUGGCCCUGCUGUUCAACUGGUUCCACCCAAGCCGCGUGAUUAACCGCGCUGCGGAUGCGAAACGAAUCGCGAGCAUGGACGGGUACUUGAUGGAGAGUCAACCAUACGAUACCCAGACCCCACGCUCGAGACGUCCCUCCAACUCCAACUCGCGGCAUUCGCAGUCGAGACGAUACUCGCAGUCGAGGCGAUACUCCCAAUCCCGACCUGACUACAAGUGAAGGGAUAGUCUCGAGGGCGGCAUAACACGAUGACCAGGAGAACGCACUUCUCGGCGCUGCGCUAGAGUACGAGAGCGGAAUGGAGAAGGUCAAAGCCAGCUGAAAUGACCAUGGCUUGGGAUGGCAAUUAGACCUCCUUGCGGGUCGGGAAGUGAAGCCGGAUGGAGCUAAUCGAACAGAGCAUAGCGGCAUGUACUUUUUCUUUGUUUGGGCAAUGUGCUUUGGAAGGGCAAAAGCCACUGUGUCGAAGAUGGGAAUUUCAUUUGUCGGGUGUCUGAAUCCAGGGAAGCACUGACCUUGGGACUUGUAUAGAUUGCUGAUAGUGCGUCAAAGAACGCUAGAGAGUGCG